AUGAUUAAAACACAGAGUUCUGUUGUAUCGUCUUGGCAACAAGGGGUUGUGGAUUCAACAGAGUGGAUUUUACCACAAGUUGGAAAUAAUUCAAGAUCUUUGACCUUCCAUACAUUUGGUGAUGAUCAUUCUGACAAAGCGAUAAAAUAUUCAAAGAACGUUGAAGUGGAAAAAUUGCCAUUUGUUGUGAAUCUGGAAAACCCUACAAAAACAAAAGUGUCUGUUGAAAAUUCUGGAAGAUUGUAUGAGCGAGUGCUGAAAUACCCAAGUAAUAAUGCGGUUGUUUAUAAAACACCAGUUAAGAAUUUAGAUAAAAAAUCAACAAGUUCCGAAUCAAAUGAACAACUUACAGCGUCAAAGCAAAAACUAGAAUUUAAGACAAAACCAUUAAUAGAGGAGGAAAAUGGAAUGUGCAAUAUUGUUGAUGGUGAACUAAGUCAGGAAACUGAAUCACAUCAGUUAAAAAAUGAUGAGGAUCCUAGGAAGUUACUUGUGAAUUACUUAUCGACCCCUACUGCUACGAGGGUAUCUUUCCAGAAUGGAUCAGGAUCUCCAGCUCGUAUGCACCGUCCUAAAACAGCGGCUUCCAUUUUGUCUGUGUCACCUCGUUCUGAGUGUGACCGAGUUUUCCAGGUAGAACAUGAGCCAACACGGAGACACAAUUUGGAGACACACAUACCACACAAACGAUCAGCGAAGGCCCCACCAUGGAUGAAAAAUGUUGAGCCCCCAAUGGUACCCUGUGUGGUUGCCCCCGGAUACCUACUGUCUCGAAGUAAAAGUAAAUUUGCAGUCACAAUCAAAGAUGAAUUUUUCGAUCCGGUUGUGGAUGAAUCACAGAAGAAACAAGCAAGUAAUGAAAGGGAUUCCCUUGUAAGUCAACUACAGCAGCAGAUAUCAGACCUUAGUCUGUUCUUAGAGGAGGAGAGACUAAACCAUCGACAGACUAAACAGAAGGCAGAAGAUUUUCUCAAGGACAAGAUAGAAGAAUUAAACAAUCAACACAAGGAGAAUAUGAGAGAGUUACAGGAGGACAACCAAGAGGAAAUGGAAAAACUCACAAACUCACUGAGUAUGGAACACAAUCAGUAUAAAAUUACAACAGAAGCUCAGAUCACCAAGAUGAAGAAAGAAAUCGAGUUUCUACAAGGUGCAUUUGAAUCAUACAAGAGCUCACUUCACGAGGAAAUGAAUGAGAAGUGGAAUAAGAGAGAGCAUGACCUCAGCGUGGAACUGGAGGAGCAAAAAAUGAACUCCCUGCAUGAAUUCAAGGCAAAGAUGAUGCAGGAAAAAAAUUCGGAGAGGAUUUCAUCAGGGAAGGAGCAUGCUCGGGCAUUGGACAAUCUACGCAAAGAACACAAGAAAGAGUUAGACUCAGUUAUCAGGCGGUUUUCUAAUGUGGCAGCUGACUUAGAGCGAUUGAAGUUAACUACAGCAGAACUCAAGGAGGUCAAGGCAGAGAUGGAGCAAGUGAAGACUGCCUAUGACUCGACAUGUCAACAGAUGGCCAACACUACCCGGGAACUUGCUGACGCUAGGGUCAAGCUGAUGUCAUAUGAGGAACAGUUUGAGGACAAAGUGUCAGGCGUUGAUGAGAAGUACAAGAAGAAAAUACACGACCUAAUGACACAGAAUAUAGAAUUACGUCGACUGUAUGUAGAAAAAUGUGAAGAAUUAUACAACGAAAAGGUCAUCGGUGAAGCGUCUCGGGCCAAAAGAGUGUCCUCUGCUAAGGAAGUGAUGCAUUCCAUGAUCAAAUCUAAGCACAAAGCAAAUGUCAGUCUAAGUCCUGCUGUUGAACCUUCAUCAGAACAACUUCCUAACCAGCCCAAACCAGAGCGUCCUGGCAGUGCCCCCAUAACAAGAGCCGAGACUGACAGUGCUCAGCAAUUCGCUGGGAAAUUUGAGGACAUGUUGAGAGAAGAGGCUGAUGAGGAAACUCUCAUCAGUCCAUCUGUGAUUCUGCCAGGCGACAGUGAAGAGGUGGAAAGAAUGAGAAACGAACUGAUGAAGGACAUCAGAGAGAAGGUGAAGGAAACAGAGGCAGAGGAUGAAAAAGGAAAAGAGGAAGAGGAGAAUGACGAGGAGGACGAAAAGGAGGAUGAAGAUGGAGGUGAUGAUUUCUAA